GCCAGUAAUUGUUCUGUAUGGUGACAUGAGCAGAGUGGCCUGACUUCUCCCACUUAUUACAGAUGUCCGACUUAGAUAUGUUGAGCAUCCUGCUAUGAUGUCCAUCACCAAGCCGGAACACUCCGAUGCCAACCCUCAGUUCCAGACUGGCAGCCGGCCGGUGGCUGAGCCCGAGACCCCUGCUGUUCACAAUAACAGUGGAGGCUGGCUCAGCUGGGUCUUUGGGAGUGGAAGAGCUAAUAAGAAGGAGGUUCAUCUACCUGAGGACAAAGACAGAUCUAUUGUCUGGGAUCCAACUCUGCACAGAUGGGUUAACAAAACUGAGCCCAAGGCUGAGAACAAGUGUGUACCACCACCUCCACCGAUGGGGACAUAUGGAUAUCAGGGGAACACUGGCAGUGUCCCCAAAGGAGUGAAUCCUUACUCUAUGAAAGCAGCAGGUCUAUGGGGCAGCAGAUACCCUACAAUGAAUUACAAUGAUAGGACCAACUCAAAGCCUCCAAGCCAUGGGCCUGGACUGCUUCCUAGACAGCUCUCUGGCUUGCUCCCUCCUUCACACUUUGACCUCAUGGCACCAAUGGUUGUGCCACCUGACACUCUACCCUACUGA